AUGACACACUCAGUAUAUCAUCAUGGUAUUAACUCUCAGAGAGAGCUAGACGCUCACAAUCUACAGCAGCAGCAAGAGAUUUAUGAACAACAAAUAACUAAUGAGCAACGUAUUUUGCCGCCGAAUUAUAACGAAUUUGAAUUUGAGGAUAACGAUUUCAAUGAUACCCAAGAAGAGCCAUUACUACAGCAAUUAGGACGAAGAGAUAUUGAUGAAGAUCAAAAUAGCUACUGUUAUAACAGUGAUGAAGAAUCAGACACGAUAGAGCAAAAAUCAUACAAGCUACCUUCUGACGGUGGAACAAUUUUCUCGAGCUUUCUCAAUAUGGCAAACAGUAUCAUCGGAGCAGGCAUUAUUGGCUUACCAUUUGCAUUUAAAGAGGCUGGUUUUUGGACAGGCAUAGUAUUUUUAGUUGUUAUCACUGUGAUAGUAGACUGGACUGUGCGAUUAUUAGUUUUCAAUGGAAAGUUGGCAGGCCGAUCAACGUAUCAAGAUUUAAUGGAAUUCUCAUUCGGCCGACCUGGACUCAUUGCAAUAUCUAUAUUUCAGUUUGCCUUUGCUUUUGGAGGUAUGUGUGCUUAUUGUGUUAUUAUAGGUGAUACUAUUCCGCAUGUCAUUCGAUCAUUAUACCCGAGCAUUGUUCAAACACCUGUUUUGUGGAUAUUUGGCGACAGAAAACUCUGUAUUUCAUUCUUUACAUUAGUCGUAUCGUAUCCACUGUCAUUGUACAGAGAUAUCUCAAAACUGGCAAAAACAAGCGCGUUGGCUUUGAUCGCUAUCAUCGUCAUUAUUAUUGGCGUUGCUAUUGAAGGGCCUAGAACUUCCUUAGAAAUCCGGGGUUCGAGCGAUUUGAUGUUUAAUGUGGUACACAACGAAGUAUUCCAAGCCAUUGCAGUCAUUAGUUUUGCAUUUGUUUGUCAUCAUAAUAGCUUUUUGAUAUUUGGAUCAUUGAAACAACCUUCGCUCAACCGUUUUGCUAUUGUUACUCAUUGGAGCAUGGCCAUCGCUUUCUUUGCGUGCUUUGCAUUAGCAGUAUUCGGAUACGUGAUAUUUACAGACAAAACAGCCGGCAAUAUUUUGAACAAUUUUCCUUCGGAUAACUUUCUCAUCAACAUUGCCAGAUUGGCUUUUGGUUUAAAUAUGUUUACAACGAUUCCUUUGGAAGCCUUUGUAUGCAGAGAGGUGUUGGAAACAUUUUACUGGCCCAAUUCACCGUUUGACAAAACCCGGCAUUUCCUUAUCACUACAGCAUUGAUUCUGAUAACAUUGACUAUAUCCUUAUUGACGUGUAAUCUUGGUAUUGUAUUAGAAUUGACAGGUGCUUUUUCUGCGACAGUAUUGGCAUUUGUUCUACCACCCUUGUGCUAUUUAAAAUUAGCUGGCGGGUCCUUAUUUGAAAAGGGAAAGAUUCCACAUUGGCUAUGCAUGUGCUUUGGUAUUUUGGUGAUGGUUGUUAGUACCUUUUAUAGUCUGCAAAAGAUUUUCAUGCCACCGGAUCUUCAUUUGGCAGGUGAAGAUGGGACUACUGUAGCACAGACUUGUAGUUAG